AUGGAUGGGCCACGAGCGGGGCAGGAUGCCAUGAGGAACUGCACUGACCACGAGUACUGGGACACCCUCGUUGCGCAGUGCAUCCCCUGCAGCCUGGCCUGCAGGCAGUCCCUGGCCAGGAAGUGUGAUGCUGUGUGUGAGUCCAUGGACUGCAACAACAGACCGGGAUUUUACUACGAUGAUCUGGUGAAGAGCUGCAUCAGGUGCAGCUCGGUGUGCGGGCAGCACCCCCGGGAAUGUGCCCCGUCCUGCGAGCCCACGCCCGCGGCCGUGCUGGAGCCGGAGCCGUGCGCGGAGCAGGAGCCGUGGCUGGCGCUGUGGCUGCUGCUCGGGCUGUGCCUCGCCAGCCUGGGCUGCUCCCUGCUCCUGGGCUGGAGCCACCUGCGCAGGAGGGCAGAGCCCGGACACUGCCAGCCCAGCGCCCCCUGCCACUGCCGGGAGGACCCUGCCAAAGAUGGGCUGGUGGAAGCCGCCAGCGUUGCUGAGGGAUUCACCAGCAUCAGAAUCCCAGAGCCAGUGGAAACCUGUGGCUUCUGCUUCCCUGGACAUGGCUCUGCUGUCCAAGAGACCAAACCGUGUGCCAGCAGCUCGGGCCACGCUGGGGACGGGGCUGCUCCCUCCUUCUCGGGGAUCUGCAGCACGGGCAGCGCCGGGGCCCUGCCCAGCCCUGAGGACGGCCACUUCAAAAUCAUCUGCUCUCCUGCCCAGGAGAAAACACCCAUGGUGUGAGCACAGAGGGGCUCCAGCACGGGAUCACAGUGGGGGGAUGCUCUCCUGCCCCCAAACCAAAGCUGCUUCACCCUCUGUUGCCUGGCACAGCCUCUGCCCAGCCCGGGCUGCAGGACACAGGGCUGGAGGCUGCACAGAGCUGUUUGCUUCCACUCAGGAAAACAAAUUCCCAUUUUUCUUGUGCACUCCCAGUGAGAGAAGUCACUUCCCAUGUGGCAGCAUCUGACUUGAUCCUCCAGCUUGACCUGGGUGCAUCCCAGCCCUUGGGGACAUCUCCUGGGGGCUUUUCCUCCUGGUUCCACCACCAGCAUCCCUGCAAAGGAUCCCUGCUCUCCUCUCCCUGCAGAUUCCUUCAUCAAUCAGAACAAUGUUCAGCACAGCUGAAGACAUCUCAAAUGUGGAAUUGGAUCCAAGGAUUUACUGGUGAAAUUGAUAAGGAGCCAGUGUGGGAAGCUCCAGUGCCAGUUCCCAGCCAUGGGUGAUGGUGAGGCUUUGCCUCAGGACCAGGACACGAUGCUGCACAUGAGGAGCUGGGACAGGCACCAAAACCCUCAGUGGAACUGGGUUUAAAUAUGAAAAUUCAUCCAAGGCUGAGAACUUUCUACAAGACUGGAUUUAUGUAUAUCUGACCUGGGUUAUUCUGAAGAGCUGGUAAAAGUGAGGAAUCAGCUGGAGAUAAAGCUGCUUUGAGAGAAUAUUUUUAUCUAACCUGGCUUUGAAAGCUA